GAACGCAACGAGACGGCGAAGACGAGACGAGAGACGAGGCGACGAUCCAAUUACAAGUAGCCAUCACCUUCGCCUCCAUCCAUGGCGCCCUCCUCCCCACCCCGCCUGAUCCUGCCCGGUGGGCACCACCACCCCACGCCCACACCCACCAAGUACUCCUCCUCCUCCUCCCUCCUUCGCACACCGCAGCAGCAACUCCAGUAGCAACUAGUCGUCUCGUCGGUCGACGGUCGCAGGCGCAGCAAGCUAGCUAGCUACCCUCUCCUGAAUUCUCUCUCUCUCUCUCCCCCCAAUCCCGACCACCGCAGAAGCUACCGCGCUUCCGGCUCCGGUAGGCCGACCGUACCGGCGUCAGCGUGCUCAAGUAGUCUCUAGCUAGCUACAGCCAUGGGGUGCGUGUGCUCCAGGAGGUUUCGGGACGAGGCGGCGCCGCGCUCGGUGCAGCCGCUGGCGGUGGCCUACGAGGCGCGGAGGGGGCGGUACGGCCCCGGGGACUACGACUCCGGCGAGCUCGCCACCCCGCCGCCCAAGGUCCUCCCCUCACACAAGGUAUCAGAAACAGGUACACUUUUAGGAAGAGCCAGCAUUGCUGCUGUUGAGGUGUUAGAUACCCUCGGGAGUAGCAUGACAAAUUUAAAUCAUGGCAGUGGGUUUCUCUCAGGAGGAACAAAUCGAGGCAAUAGAGUCUGCAUUUUAGCAUUUGAAGUCGCGAACACAAUAGCUAAAGCUUCCAAUUUGUGGAGAUCAUGCUCUGACGUGAGUAUAAAGGAACUAAAGGAAGAAAUAUUGCAUUCAGAUGGAGUGCAAAUAUUGGUCUCCUCAAAUUCCAGUGAGCUAUUGUAUAUUGCUUAUGUUGACAAAAGGGAUGAACUUGCCAUCUUUGCAAGAGAAGUAAUUCGAUUUGGUAACCUGUGUAAGGACCCAACAUGGCACAACUUAGGACGCUAUUUCGACAAGUAUGCUUCUGAGAAAUUAACAACAGAUUUUACACCUCAGGAUCAUUCAAAAGAGCGCAUGGAAACUACUAUCCAACAAUUGAUCAAUUUGGCUCAAAAUACUUCUGAGCUCUACCAUGAAUUGCAUGCAUUGGACAGAUUUGAGCAAGAUUUCCAAAGAAAAUUUCAUGAAGAAGAGUCUGUGCCAGCAGCCAGACGUGAAAGUGUUAUGAUCUUACAUAGUGAACUAAAGCGCCAGAGAAAGCUUGUGAAAAAUCUCAAGAAGAAAUCCUUGUGGUCUCGAACUUUAGAGACGAUUGUAGAGAAGCUUGUUGAUAUUGUCAUAUUUUUACAUAAGCAAAUCCGGGAUUCAUUCAGCGAAGCUGUUCUUGUAGGUGCUGAGUUCUUCAAUUCAGAGCAAGUUCAGAACAAAAGACUAGGUUCCUGUGGUCUAUCAUUACAUUAUGCGAACAUAAUAAAUCAGAUCGAAAAUAUAGUUUCUAGACCACUCUCUCUUCCUCCUAGUGCUAGGGACAAUCUGUACCAUGGUCUGCCAGUAACAGUGAAGUCAGCUCUGAGAUCACGAUUGCAAUCAUCUAAUACCCAAGAAGAGCGCACUGUAGCUCAAAUCAAAGCUGAAAUGCAGAAAACUCUUCGCUGGAUCCUCCCGAUUGCCGAAAAUACAAUAAGAGCACAUCAAGGUUUUGGAUGGGUCGGCGAAUGGGCAAACCUUGGAUGUGAAAUGAACAAGAAAUCAGGCUCCCAGCUCAGUGUCACCCGCGUCCAGACACUUCAUUAUGCCGAUAAGGCGAAGACCGAGCAAUUCAUGCUCGAUCUGGUGGUGCUGCUCCACCAUUUGGUUGUCCAGGUGAAGAACAGAGGCUACGGGAGCAAGUCUUCGAAGCACGACCCGUCCCGAUCCCGCAAGGGCCUGGAUCUGCAGCCCGAAUCCAAGCUCAACACAUCUCCUGUGAACAUUGCCACAUACUCGAGCCCACUGUCGGACUCGGAGCGCGAAACGCUGGAUCAUCUGAGCUUCAAGAGGACAGGCUAUGGCAGGAGCAAGAGCUGCGAGCCUCCACCCAACAGAGGGAAGAAGGCACACCGGUGCUGGGAUCCAUGCCGGAGCCACGGCAGCUCGCCGGCAAGGGAAUUCGGCAGGAACUCAGCUUCAGAACUUGACAACAAGAUGGAUCUGGAUGUAAUAGAUGGCUUAGACAGACUGACUUCUUACCACCCAACAUCUCCUACAUUUUGUUAGAUAUGUGCUGCACAAAGAAACUAGGUAUUCUUUUGGUGUUUCCUCGGGUUGAUUGAUCGUAUAUCUUGUAAAUGAGUGUGAUCUCAUCUACCUAUAUAUUCUCUUACUUGUACAUAUACAUAUACAUAUAGCUUAGUAGUA